CAGCUUAACAGGAGAGGAAAGUUAUCAGAUAAACCCCUAACGCCACACACAAACACGCACACACACACACACAAAGAGAAUAAUAAUCGCGACAGGUUAUACUCGUCGAAUUUCACAUUACAAUACAUUUCUUUACCUCAUUUCAGCUUUCAAGCUCCAAUCUUUUCUGGGCAUUUAGGGUUUUUUCGGCUCUGGUAAGUUCUCAACAGAUUAUCGUUGGAUUAUAGAGUCUGUGGAUGAGAAAAAAGAUGCAAAAUUGAGUAAAAUCAGGUAAUUCGUUUCUGGGUUUUGAAUGGUUUCUUUCAAUUGCGUCUAUAGAGCCUUAAGUUAGUUUUAUAUGAGGUUGAAAGAUGUUGGGUUAUGGUAUACAUGUCCUUAAUGAGCACUUCAAUGGUCUUGUGUUAUAACAACCUAUUGUUUUCUAAGCAAAGAGGAGGGAGUCGCAAACGAUUGUAUUUGGGUAGCCUAGUUCACGUGGGUGGUGAAGGAAGAAGGGGAAUCAGAAGGUUAGUUCCCAAUGCCAAGAAAAAACACAAUCGAAAUCGGAGUUGGUGGCAGAAAUUCUUCUUUGAUGAGGAUGGCAAUUGGUUUGGUUUAAAAGAUGAUGAGAUGCUUGAGGCUGAGGAGUCUGUGAAAAACACCAGUGAUGAUGAAGGGUUAUCUGAGGAUGAGAAAUUCGAAGCCUGGAAGAGGAGAGCGGAGGCGAUUGUCGAAUUGAGGGAAGCACAAGAUGGGGUGCAAAACGAAGAGCAAAGGAGGUGGGAAGAUUGGCUUAUGGACGGCACAAAUGGCGAUGGUGGUAGUAGUAGUAGUAGUAGUAGUAGUAAUGGUUCAUCAUGGUUCCAAGAACGGCGUGAUGAAGAUGUUCCAGAAGAUCUAAGUGAUCUUAUCCCUGGAAAAGGCUUAGCGGAAUCUGUGAGGGAUAUGGUGUUAGGAAGGGAUGAUGAUGAGUUAUUGUAUGAAGAUCGUGUUUUCCGCUAUGCCUCCUUGAAUUCAGCGAAAUUUUUGGCAGUGUUGAUAAUUGUACCGUGGGCGUUGGAUUUUUUGGUCCAUGAUUAUGUUCUUAUGCCUUUUCUUGAUAGGUAUGUCAAGACUGUACCGCUUGCAGCAGAGAUCCUUGAUGUACGAAAGCAUCAAAAGCUCGAGAUGGUCAAGGAGUUAAAAACUGAAAAAGAGAGAUACAAAUUUGAGGUAGAGAUUGGGAAAUCCCCACCGAUUUCUGAAGACGAGCUUUAUUUAGAAUUACGGCACAAAGCGUUAGAAUUGAGAGAUGAAUGGAGAUUAGUAAACCGUGCCGCAUUUGCUAAUAUAUGGUCGGAUAUGGUAUUCGGAAUCUCGUUAUUUGUUCUUUUGUACUUCAACCAAAAUCAGGUAGCUUUGCUGAAAUUUACAGGGUAUAAGAUAAUAAACAACAUUUCAGACACCGGGAAGGCAUUCUUAAUCAUACUUAUCACGGACAUUUUUCUCGGGUAUCAUUCAGAAUCGGGAUGGCAGACCUUGUUAGAAAUAAUUGUGGAACAUUAUGGUUUUGACGUCGAUCAAUCUGCCAUCAUCAUAUUCGUCUGCCUCAUUCCAGUGAUCAUCGAUGCAUGCGUUAAGCUCUGGAUGUUCAAAUUUCUUCCAAGAUUAUCGCCGAAGGUGUCGAAUAUUUUCCAAGAAAUGAAGAGGCAUUAGAGAGAGAGAGAGAGAAUUCUGGGAUUUCCCCUUUUACAUUCUUACAACAUGAACCAUAUGUAUACUUGAUUUUUCAAUUGGUUAUGAUUUAUUCGAACGGUCGUAGUGGUAAAGAGGUGGGAAUCUUAAGUGAGGUCUCGAGUUUGAAUUCGAGCAUCAUCCACUUGCUUUCGAGACAUUGCGAUUUUCCUUCUCUGUGAUGGCUGUGGGACCGAUGCAGUGGUUACGUUUCAGAGCGGGUUGUAUCCCCAUUAUUUGGAUUUCAACACCAUGAACUUUAUAUAUGUUCAUUUUCAUUUGAUGUGACUGUAAAAUAAAUGAAUACUUGAAACUUUGGUAUCAUUCAGAAUUUGAAUACAAUAAAGAAGAUAUUGUUU